AAUCAAAUCUGAUUUCUGUCAAAAAUCUACUAUUAUUCAUCGCAAAAAAUAUUUAGUUUUCAUUUUAAGUGCUUCAAUAUAAAUAUUUCAAUGAAAAAGAGCUAUGGAUCGUUUUGAAUAUAUUGAAGCUCGAUUAUUCGAAGGCGAAAAUUACCUUAAACGAGACAAGAAUGUGAAGAUUUACGAUGGAGAUGAUAAGACUCAGUUUGUCGAUGGAGAAGUAGUUUUAACCACCCACAGAAUCUUAUGGGGAAAACCAGGAGACAUACCAAGAGGGCUUGUUUGUCUCUCCCUACAUUUAUAUUAUGUGUUCUGUAUUGAGGAAGAGAGUGGCGGAGUAUUCGGUCUGGGUGGGCCUAAGAGAAUUAUAUUGCACCUUGGACCUUCACUACCAGGUAAAAGGCCAGGCCCGGCCGUAGUCAGUCCAUUCCACUUUGUAAAAUUUUCAUUCAAGGAUGGGAUUGAUCAAGCUUUUUACAAAGCUCUUACUGAUGCUGUAGCAGCCAAAGUAUGGGAAAGGUCAACUCCAAUAGCUUCUCCACUUUCUGCUACAAGUCCUAAUGCAUCCCCAAAACCUUCAGUGAUGCCUGUAAACUCUAAAAUUCGUUCUGGAAUAGUAGGCAUUGAAAGAAGUAUAGAGGAACAGCAUAGACAAACUGAUGAAAGUAUUACAGUAGCAUUUCAAGAUCUAAGAAAACUUAUGGAGAAAGCUAAAGAUAUGGUUGCAAUAUCAAAAAAUAUUUCUAAUAAGAUUAGGGAUAAACAAGGUGAUAUAUCUGAAGAUGAUACAGUAAGAUUUAAAUCUUAUUUAAUGAGCCUAGGUAUUGAUGAUCCAGUCACAAGAGAUGCAUUCAGAUCUGAUUCAGACUAUUAUUUGGGACUAGCACAACAAAUUUCUGAUAUGAUGGUUGCAGUGCUUAUGGACACAGGAGGAAUCAUGUCAUUAGCUGAUGUAUGGUGCAGAGUAAACAGAGCAAGAGGCUUGGAGCUCAUUUCUCCUGAGGAUCUUUUAAAUGCAUGCAAGUUGCUGCAGACAAUAGGUGCUCCAAUGUCGUUAAGAAAGUUCCCCAGUGGUGCAUGUGUUCUGCAGCUAAAUAGCCAUCAAGACGAAGAAAUAGCCAAGACUACUAAUGAAUUGCUUGAAGCAAACGGCAGUCUGACCCCAGAGAAAUUAUCACAAAUAGCGAAGGUAUCCGUCCUGCUAGCUCGCGAGCGCCUGUUUACUACAGAACGCCUUGGCAUGGCGUGUCGAGAUGAAUCUAUUGAAGGCCUGGCAUUCUACCCCAACCUGUUCCUCAGAGAAGGAUUGUAGUUAGAACUGUUAUAUGAUGUUAUUAUGUUAAGAGUUUAUUACAAUUAUUUGCAA